AUGGAUGCUGCUGUGGGGGGCACAGUUACCAUAUUUCGUUUCAUACAUCAAUGCUUCAGUCACAUCAAGCAAGCCCGUGGCUUCGAAGUCGGGUUCGAGAUCUACCAGCUGCAACUCGAAACUCUUCUCUCUCAUUGCGCCUCUAUUUCAAGAAUCAUUCACGAUACCAAUAACAGAUUGGAAGACCAAGACCCAACAACCGCGCAGACUCUCUCUGCCAUUCAACACGCCUUGCGUAAAGCCAAGCGUGGCGCCGCAAAGAUGCAAGCCGAUUACUUUGCAACAAAUAACCUACCUCUUCAAGACCUCACUACAGAUGACCAUCUACCAGCACUACGACCUCGGAUGACGGCGUUUCUCGACAAGCGAAAAGUCCAAGCGGCGAAAACAAUUGAAGGGUUUAAAUGGGCUCUAUACAAGAAAGAAAUGCGCGGCAGAUUUAUCCAAGACAUAUUCAUCAUGAUUCUACAACUCGAGCGCCAAAUUUACUCGGAAAGUCUGGCGAUCGAGGAUGCUGGGUUGAUGUACCUACAAAACGAGCCCGUGGCUCUUGUGUGA